AUGUUGCGCCGAAAGCCCACCGCCAUCACAGUUACAUCCGAAGAUAUCGCUGCCCUUGAACAGGCGAGACUUCGUCAACAGGAGGAGACCAAAAACCCUGAACAAGGAAAAGCAAACAACUCCACCAAAUAUGACCCGAGUGAUGAGUUGAAACCCCUUCCUGGGGAUAAGGCCCGAAUUGUUCGAUCUCGUGAAGAGAGAAUUGGAAUCGGCCGUCGAGGCUGA